AACCUGUGGUAGCUUGCAAAAUUAUGAGUGGCUUUGCGAAAUGCACGUUGUGUAAUGAAACUAUACACUACAACCAACCGGGAACGUCUUUACUAAUACGCCAUCUGACCGAGAAUCAUCCUGAGCAGCAGUUCGUGAUAGCGCAUGCUGUAAAACAGCGAAUCCAUCACGGUUCACCCCUAGGGGACAAUUAUCAGAAUGUCGACUAUCAAAAUGAAAACAUCCACAAUGCGCCGGAAACGAUCGAUGAUUUUCCCCGGGAAUCAAGGCAACCUAGGGUCCCGCUGGAAAAACGAGUUCCCCGACCAAGUAACGAUCAAAAAGCCGAUGAAAAUCUUCCCCGCAAGCAAGAUUUCAUCGGGAGUCAGCUCAGAGGAAGAAAAAUAUAUUACAAAACUACGGUGGCACAGUGGCGCCCAGCGCAUUCCCGAGUCACCUGUCCAGAAUGUGGCGUACGCCAGUUCCCUACGGUGCGUUCCUCCGCCAAUAAGUACACCCGAUCCCACUGGGGAUCAAUGUGUAUAAUGACAUGUUGGCCGUUUUGUUUCCUACCGUAUGUUUUUACCUCCCCUACCAAGCACCACUUGCACUGUUCUAAUUGCAACGCCUUUUUGGGACUGUACGAUCCGAGUCGGGAAGUGGUUGACGUUCACCCAAGCAAACGAGGUGGUAUUGUGUCUAGAAGGAGCGCUGGGGUUGUCAAUGGAAGGAAGUUGAAACCAUAUGGAGUUGGUUGAAACAUUGCAUACAAGUUGGCACGAGAGACCCCUUCUGGCGGAUAGCAAAAUCAGAUUGAGUAGCAGAGUGCAAAAAAUAUCAGC